CCUAGGGAUAUGUACAUAGAUAUACCUAUAUGAGGUCAACAUAUAUCUUAAGUACCUCAUAUAGGUACCUCCUAUAUAGAGGUACCUAGAUCGUCAACCCCUUCAAUUGCUAAGUGCCUCGGUGGGUACUAACGGCCUGUACCGAACCAGCCAGUUCUUUGACAGACCGUUGCGGCGCAAAGACGACAGACACUGAAUCCACCCCCUAUACCCAUUUGCACUUCUAUCUUCCACGCAUCGCGCCCUCCAAUGCCUCAAAACUGAAUAGAAGCCGGAGGGAGACAGAAAUCUGAGGGGGUCGCACAAGCAGUGUGACAUCCUGCGUACGGAACAAGAGGGGCAACGGCGUCGGCCUGUCAGUUGGAGCUGCCUGAGCCGGCUUGCCUGUUUAUAGGUUCAAGACACGUACGCGAUUGAGAUUAGCCCCGGCGGCGUCCUCCUAGCUGCCAGCUUCACCACGUAUACUACUGAAUAUCUCCUACCUCCCACACCACCAAGACCAAACGCAACACCCAACCCAACACGCGACCGCUUCCCAGGCCUAUCCCCCAGAUCGAACCACACCCAUCCUACCCAGCAGAAAACCCACAUAGCAGCCAGAGAUGAUUCGGUCAACGCAGAUAGCCCGUCUGGGCGACGGCUUGAUGCUCUGCGCAUCUGUCGACGAUGAACAAUCAGACUCCCCCCUCGCCGAAGUCAAGUCGCAAACGAAGAUCAUAUUACGGAGGUUGAACCGUAACGCCGAACCGCAAGCGAGCAUCGAGAGCGGCAACUACACCAUACAUUACCUCAUCUCCGAAGACAUAGUAUACAUCUGCAUUAGCGAGCGCGCGUACCCGCGUAAGCUCGCUUUCACCUACCUGGCCGAGCUCAGCAGCGAGUUCGCGCAGACGUACGGGCCCCAGCAGGUGCGCAGCAACCCGUCGCUGCGGCCGUACGCGUUCAUGGAGUUCGACACGUACAUGUCGCGCACCAAGGCGCUCUACGCCGACGCGCGCACCGCCGCCGCCGCCGCCUCGGCCGCCAACAGCGGCGGCGGCAACGCCGGCCUCGGCCGCCUCAACGACGAGCUCCGCGACGUCACCCAGGUCAUGACUAAGAACAUCGAGGACCUCCUCUACCGCGGCGACUCCCUCGAGCGCAUGGGCGAGAUGAGCUCCCGCCUCCGCGACGACUCCCGCCGCUACCGCAAGGCCGCCGUCCGCAUCAACUGGGACCUGCUCAUUAAGCAGUACGCCCCCAUCGGCGCCUUCGUCCUCAUCGUCCUCGUCUUCGUCUGGUUCCGCUUCUUCUGAUGUCUGCUGCCCCCCCGCUCUGCAGAAGCUGCGCUCAUAUCGCCGCGCGGUGAUCGGUUAAGAAGGGAAGAGGUUCGCCGACUCACGCCCGCUCUGGCCCGCCCGCGGAGACGCACACGGAGAGAUUGAGAUGCCGAGAACACUAUGUGUAUUUGUUGGGGAAGCGAGAUAGGUGUCGUUGUCCGCCGACGUGACGGGCUGGAGCGCGUGUUGUACAUACUGGGGCAUUGCGUGGGUGCGAUAUUCAUCCACAAAUAAUCGAAAAACGGCAUCACACGAGAGAGGGGCGUAGGGUGCAUGGACUGUUGGGAACGAGGGUUCCUCUUGGUGUAGUGCGGGACGAGGUGUGUGAGCUAUGCCACUAACGCCUCGGCACAUGUGUGUGGGACGGUCGUGUAUGAAGCAAGAGAAUUUGUCCCGACCUAGGGCGAGAUCCCCCUGAUGGCGCCGGGUUCUCUCGCGGCAAGACGUCGUUGUUCUCUAGGCAGAGCGAAGUCUCCCGCCGCAGGAUAAAAUACUAUAAUAAUGCUACUACUAUUGCUGCUGCUA